AUGACCACCCAAUACUCGAACCCACAAGACCUAGAAGCCUCCAGGUCCAAGUCGAACAACCCAACCAAGCAAUUUGAUCCAGACAUUGUUACAUGGGAUGGGGCCCACGAUGUGGAAAAUCCAAAGAACUGGCCACAAAAGGAUAAAUGGCGAAAUACUGUUGCCGUCUCCAUCUUCACUUUUAUCUCCCCCGUUUCCUCCUCCAUGGUUGCUCCCGCAUUGGCGCAGUUGGGUGCCGACCUUAACAUGCAGAGCGAUAUCGAAGUCGAGUUAGCUUUGUCGAUCUUCAUCCUGGCCUAUGCGAUCGGCCCACUGUUCUGUGGCCCGGCUUCUGAGGUCUACGGCCGCGUGCGUCUCCUACAAAUUAGCAACCUGUGGUACUUGGCAUGGAAUCUCGGCUGUGGCUUUGCGCAAACCCCGGCGCAAUUUUUUGUAUUUCGCUUUCUUGCCGGCAUUGGUGGGAGUGCUCCAGUUGCACUUGGAGGCGCGGCUAUUGGGGAUAUCUGGACCCCAGAGGAGCGAGGAAAGGCAAUGGGAAUCUAUACACUCGCCCCGAUCCUUGGCCCGGUGGUCGGUCCCAUUGCCGGAGGAUUCGUUGCGGAGUAUACGACCUGGCGUUGGGUGUUCUGGUCAUCUAGCGCUGUCGCGGUUGCCAUCCAGUUGGUUGGUUUGAUCUGGCUACAUGAGUCGCAUCCUGCUACUCUUCUGAACCGGAAGAGAAAUCGCCUUGUCCAACAAUCAGGGAACCACAAGCUACAUACUGGAAUAGACGCCACCAAUCUGUCCAGCACACUCGGUAGGGCCCUGGUGCGACCGGUCCGCCUGUUCACGACUCAGCCGAUUGUGAUGGUAGUCGCGCUGUACAUGGGCUACCUCUUCGGGACGACAUACCUCUUGCUGGCCACAUUCCCGACGGUAUGGGGUAGUCAGUACGGUGAAAGUCCAGGCAUUGCUGGCCUCAAUUAUCUUUCCAUCGCUGUUGGGUCAUCCAUCGGCCUCUUUCUCAACAUCAUGCUCAUCGAUCGCAUCUACCACAGACUCAAAGCACAGAAUUCCGGUCGUGGAGUACCCGAGUUUCGCAUGCCGACCAUGUUCAUCGGCUCCGGGAUGAUCACCAUCGGCCUCUUUUGGUACGGCUGGAGUGUACAGAGCCACAUGCACUGGAUGAUGCCUAAUAUUGGCGUCGCCAUCUUCUCCGCCGGUACGAUGGGAUGCUUGCAAGGAAUGCAAACUUAUGUCGUUGAUAGCUACACAACUUACGCGGCCAGUGCCAUGGCUGCAUGUGCGCUCCUCAGGAGCUUGGCUGGGUUUGGGUUUCCACUCUUUGCUCCGUAUAUGUACAGAGAUCUAGGCUACGGAUGGGGCACCAGUGUCCUGGCCUUUAUCAGCAUUGCGAUCGGGCUUCCAGCUCCUUGGUUGUUUUGGCUUUUUGGUGCCAGGUUGCGGGCGACGUCCAGAUAUGCCUCUGGCUGA